AAUGGUAGGGAUGAGGGCAAGGGAAUGAGGUAAGGGCAAAGGGACAGGAGAUACAGAGAGAGCCAGGGAAAAGGCAGGCCGAGGGACCAGAACUGCUGUGUCCUCAGUGCACCCUCUCACUGGUCAGUCAGAGACUCCAGCUGUUCAGGGCCUGUCAUUUCACAUAAACCCACAUCCUGAGGUCCUAUCCAGAGCUUGCUCCUGUCCAGACUGAACUGCUAGAUCAGACCCCCCACCCCCACCCCAGGAGGAUAGGUGUGCACAGCAGGAGGACUCUCCUGGUGCAAGACAUAGUUGGGGUGCUCCUCCCUGGGAACCAUCCCUGGCAAGUUCCUAGCAGAAGAAAACUGCCCGCCCCAUAGCCUGCCCUGGGAGGAAGAUCCCAAGAGUAAACACUGCCUAAUGUCCCGCCCAGCCAGCAAAUGAAAUCUGUCACAUUCCACACUAACCAGACUCCCAGUCACCAGGGCUCCUGUGCAGCCAUCGGCUGCCUUUUCUAAGAUGAGCGAGCUUUGCCUACGGGUGACAUGCCAGCCUUUCCAUGCUGCCAGUAUCAGAGGAGUCAUCACCGGUGCCUUCUUCAUUCUGAGCUGCUGGGGGUUCUCUGAUUCCCAGAAGAGAUUUCUUCAAGAUCUGGAACCCAAGAAGGCAACCUCCUACUUUGGCCACAAUGCUGCUGUACUCACAGGCCAUCCUUCCUCUCACCUCCAGAGACUGAGAUGGAGAAGGACUCCGGGGGACAUUCUGCACCUGGAACUGCUGGUGGCCGUGGGUCCUGACGUCUACCAGGUUCACCAGGAGGACACGGAACGCUACGUGCUCACCAACCUCAAUAUUGGGUCAAGAUUGUUGAGGGACCCGACCCUGGGGGCUCAGUUCCAGGUGCACCUGGUGAAGCUGGUCAUUCUGUCUGACUCCGAGAAUACUCCAAAUAUCACAACCAACAUCACCUCAUCCCUGAUGAGUGUCUGUGAGUGGAGCCACACAAUCAAUCCCCACGAUGACAGGGAUCCAAGUCAUGCUGACCUGAUUCUUUAUAUAACCAGGUUUGACCUGGAGUUGCCUGAUGGUAACAAGCAGGUUCGGGGGGUCACCCAGCUGGGAGGUGCCUGCUCCCCGUCCUGGAGCUGCCUCAUCACUGAGGACACUGGAUUCGACCUAGGAGUCACCAUUGCUCAUGAGAUUGGACACAGCUUCGGCCUGGACCAUGAUGGUGCUCUAGGCCGAGGCAGCACCUGUGAGGCCAGUGGCCACGUGAUGGCAUCUGACGGCGCAGUGCCUACAGGAGGGGCACUGGAGUGGUCCACCUGCAGCCAAAGGCAGCUGCAGCACCUGCUCAGCACAGGGCAAAUGCAUUGCUUCUGGGACCCACCUGGGCUGCAGUCAGCACCUUCAAGGCACCAGCUGGUGGCUCAGCCUGGCCUCUACUACAGUGCAGAUGACCAGUGUCGUGUGGCUUUCGGCCCUGGGGCUGUUGCCUGCACCUUCUCCAGGGAGGGCCUGGAUGUAUGCCAGGCCCUGUCCUGCCACGCAGACCCCCUGGACCAAAGCAGCUGCAGCCGCCUCCUUGUUCCCCUCCUGGAUGGGACAGAAUGUGGUGUGGAAAAGUGGUGCUACAAGGCUCGCUGCCAAUCCCUAGCUGAGCUAAGCCCUGUGGCAGCAGUACAUGGACACUGGUCUAGCUGGGGCCCCAAUAGUCCUUGCUCCCGAUCCUGUGGAGGAGGUGUGGUCACCAGGAGACGGUGGUGCAACAAUCCCAGGCCUGCCUUUGGGGGACGUACAUGUUUGGGUGAGGACCUCCAGGCUAAGAUGUGCAACACACAGGCUUGUGAGAAGACUCAGCUGGAGUUCAUGACCGAGCAGUGUGCCCAGACUGACAGCCAGCCACUGCGCCUUCCCCAAGGCGGUGCCUCCUUCUACCACUGGGAUGCCGCUGUACAGUACAGUCAAGGGGACACUCUGUGCAGACACAUGUGCUGGGCUGUUGGAGAGAGCUUCAUUGUGAGCCGUGGGGACAGUUUCCUAGAUGGGACCCGCUGUGUGCCAACUGGUCCUCGGGAAGAUGGGACCCUGAGCCUGUGUGUGUUGGGCAGCUGCAGGACCUUCGGCUGUGAUGGCAGGAUGGACUCCCAGAAGGUUUGGGAUGCAUGCCAGGUGUGCGGAGGAGACAACAGCACAUGCAGUUCACGGAACGGCUCUUUCACGGGUGGGAGAGCCAGAGAAUAUGUCACAUUCCUGACAGUUACUCCCAACAUGACCAGCGUGCACAUCGUGAACCGCAGGCCUCUCUUCACACACCUGGCGGUGAGGGUCCAGGGACACUACAUUGUGGCAGGGAAGACCAGCAUCUCACCCAGCACCAUGUACCCUUCCCUCCUGGAGGACUGCCGUGUGGAGUACAGAGUGACCCUCACUGAGGACCGGCUGCCCCACUUAGAGGACAUUCACAUCAGAGGACCUGUCCGGGAAGACAUGGAGAUCCAGGUGUACAGACGAUACAGAGCAGAAUAUGGGGAUCUUACACACCCAGACAUCACCUUUACCUACUUUCAACCGAAGCAGCAGGCUGCUUGGGUAUGGACUGCUAUGCGUGGGCCCUGCUCAGUGAGCUGUGGGCCAGGGCUGCGCUGGGUGACCUACAGCUGCCAGGAUCAAGCUCAAAACAAGGAGGUGGACAGUACCCUGUGCCAAGGGAGCACACAGCCACUUGCACGGCAAGAGCCUUGUAUCCCUGCCCCCUGUCCUCCAUACUGGACAGCUGGAGACUUCAGCCCUUGUAGUGUGUCCUGUGGUGGGGGUCUUCGGGAGCGACUAGUGCUCUGUGUGGAGGCCCAAGAUGGUUUCUUAAGGACACUGCCGCCGAGCCGGUGCAAAGCAGUAGCCCAGCAGCCAGCAGCAGAGGUGGAAAAUUGCAACUCCCAGCCCUGUCCCACCAGACCAGAGGUAUCAGACCCUAGCCCUUGCGUGACUGCCUGUGAAGAUCUGGCCUCAAGAAAUGUGACGUGUGUGCCCACGGUGGGUGACCUGGAGGACCCAGCAACUGCUGGUCCUUGUCUCACAGAUGAGAUGCCACCCACGCUGGAGCCCUGUUUCAGGACUACAUGCUCUCCAGGCUGGGGUCAGCCGGACACCACGUCUCUGGGAAAGGAGGCUCCAAGGCCUGUGGGCAGUGACCAGCCAAGGGUUCAGGCUGCACACGUGUGGACUCCUGUGACGGGCCUGUGCUCCACCUCUUGUGGGCGAGGUCGGAUGGAGCUGCAUUUCCUGUGCAUGGAUUCUGUCCUCAAGAUGCCUGUCCAGGAAGAGCUAUGUGACUUGGCCAGCAAGCCCUCGAGCCGGUGGGAGAUCUGCCGGGCUGGCCCAUGCCCUGCUCGGUGGCGCUAUAAGCUGGCAGCCUGCAGUGUGAGCUGUGGGGGUGGGCUUGCACGGAGAAUCCUGUACUGUGCCCGGGCUCACGGGGAGGAUAAUGACGAGGAGAUCCUGCCUGACAUCCGGUGCCAGGGGUUGCCUCGCCCUGAGUCCCAUGAGGCCUGCAGCCCAGAGCCCUGUCCUCCCAGAUGGAAAAUCCUGUCCCUCAGCCCAUGCUCAGCCAGCUGCGGCCUUGGCACUGCCACACGAAUGGUGGCCUGCAUGCAGCUUGACCGAGGCAAUGACACCGAAGUGGACGGAACUUUCUGUAAGGCUCUGGCACGGCCCCAGGCCACUGUCCCCUGCCUCAUCACCGACUGUGCCUACCGGUGGCACAUCAGCACAUGGACAGAGUGCUCUGUUUCCUGUGGGGAUGGCAUCCAGCGCCGGCAUGACACCUGCCUUGGACCCCAGGCCCAAGUGCCUGUGCCGGCCAGCUUCUGCCAGCACCUACCCAAGCCAGUGACAGUGAGGGGCUGCUGGGCUGGACCCUGUGCGGGACAGGAGAUCCCCAGCUCACUGGCCCGGAAGGAAGCUACUCUUCCCAGCCAGACCCAGGCUGCUGUUACUGUUGCUUCUCUGGAGUGGUCCCAGCCUCAAGCCCACACCCUCUUCCCAGCCUCCCUGUCUCCGGGGAUCCAGGAAAGCCUGGAGGAAUCUGGUGCCUGCGGAAGGCAGUACCUGGAGCCCACAGGAACAAUUGACAUGCGAGGGCGAGGGCAGGAAGACUGCGUGGUGGCCAUUGGGCGGCCUCUAGGUGAAGUGGUGACCCUCCAAGUCCUCCAGAGCACCCUCGAGUGUAGCGCAGGGGAGCUGUUGCUGCUUUGGGGUAGAUUCACAUGGAGGAAGACAUGCUGGAAGAUGUCUGGCAUGACAUUCGUCACCAAAACCAACACGGUGGUGGUGCGGCAGCGUCGUGUGCUGCCGGGCAGAAGAGGGGUGUUGCUACAGUACUGGAGUCAGCCUGCCCCAGGGACUGUCUACAGAGAAUGUGACAGGCAGCUCUUUGGACCUCGGGGUGAAAUUGUGAGUCCCCCACGGAGCCCAGAUGGGAGGAGUGCGAGGAGCUGCCGGGUGUUCAUCAGCGUGGCUCCGCAGGCCCGCAUUGCCAUCCGUGCCCUGGCCAGUGACGUGGGCACCGCCUGUAAGGGGACCAAUACCAACUAUGUCUCGAUCAGGGAUAUCCACAGUCUGAGGACCACAACAUUUCGGGGGCAGCAGAUGCUCUACUGGGAGUCGGAAGGCAGCGAGGCGGAACUGGAGUUUAGCCCUGGUUUCCUGGAGGCGCAUGCUAGCCUCCAGGGUCAGUACUGGACCAUCCCACUGAGGACACCAGAACAGGACAACAGCCUGGUUCUGUCCUAAAUUUCUCUUCAACUGCCCGAAAGGAAGGCAACCCUACACUUAAGUGGCCAGCCCUGGAGGGUGCAACACUAGCCUCUUGGGAGGUUCUGACGCCUGCCAGUCUUAGGGAACCUCUUUUAGGGACCUUUUCCAGGUGCAGAAGGGCUGGGGUUGGGAGGUAAAGAUGGGAAAAGCAGUCCCAGCUUCAGUUGCUAAUAAAGGAUACAGUAAACCUAA